AUGACAAUGAGCGAGAAUCAGGUUGCAGCGGUGCGGAGAGGCUCGGUCCUAAGCAACCUCGACCAUGGCUCGUCAUCGCACCCGGCUCACGCGGCCGGCAGCGCAGACGAGCACGACUCGAUCUCUUCGCGCCGAUCGCCCUCGGACGACAGCCAUAGCGUCGACACGGCGCCGCCCGAGCGGAGAGGCAGCGACAUCAAGAAUGAGGACGCCAGCUCCACGGACGGAGGCCCGUCCAAGCCUCUUUCGUCGCUCGCGCACAGCAGCAGCGUCAAGGCCUCGCCCGCCGCCAAGCAAAAGGAUCCCGGAGAACCGCCCGAAACCAAGAAGCGCAAGCGCUCGCAACGAGCCUGCGUCCGUUGCAGAGGCCAGAAACUGAAGUGCGAUGGUGUGUUUCCUUGCGGACGAUGCCUCAAGCUCAAGCUGGCGUGCAAGGAGCCGGCCGAUCCCAACGCUAGCAUGACGCCUUCGUCGUCGAUGAUGGUGGCGGGCGGCGGACAGGCUGCCGAAUUCGGCUCGGCUCCCAGAAGCAGCCAGCCGUCGAGUCGACACGUUCUCCCUUCGCCCUCGUCCCAGCGUCGCCAACGUCAUCACCUCUACCACUCGAAUCCAGGCGUCGCUGCUUCCGCAACCCCUUCAGCGCCUGGUGCGGUCGGAGCAGGUGGCCCAGGAUCUCACCCUAUGGUCUCGGGCGCUCACGCCUCAGCAUCGGGCGUACCUGGCUCCUCUGCACACGGACGCUCUGGUGGCGGCGGAGGAGGUGCAGGCCAUGCCUACCACCAGCAUCACGCCAACCUCGAAGGCGGCCCUCACGCUCACUCUUACUCGCACGGCGGCCAUCACGCCGGCGGCGGCGGGCCCGCCCUGUCGUGGGACGAUGUCUCGCCCGUCGACUUCCUGCGCCGCCUCGAGAGGCUCGAGAGCACGCUGGACCGCGUUUCGCAGAGGGUGGACCGCGAGUCGUCGCUCUCCUGGCACCAUCUCUCGCCCUCGGACGUGUUGAUGCGCUUCGAGAGGCUCGAAUCGUCGCUGGACCGCAUCGUGCACAGGCUCGACCGCGACCGCAGCCCGAUGUGGCACGACGACAGGUCCAAGGAGCGGUACGGAGGCCCGAUGGAGCACCCGCACCCGCCGCAGCAGCAGCAUCGCUACCACCUCCCUCCUCCGCAGGCCCAGGCGGCCUUCGCUGGCUCGGCCGCGCCGGCUGCGGGGCCUGGGUCAGUCGGUCCCAGCCACGCUGCGUCGUCCUCAUCUCGUUCCGCCGCGCCCGCCGGCGCCCGUCCCAACGGAGGGUCUGCGAUGCAUUCGACGGCCGUCGGACCCGUUGCGCACGCAAAGGAGCCGCGCCACUCGAACCGCGCCAUGACGCCCGAGGACUCGGAGAUUGAGGUCGACGAGCUGGCUCAGGAUGGUCAAUCGGAGCUCGGCCAGGCCUCUGUCGAGCACACGCCUCUGAAUGGCCGAUACAGCGGUCACGUUCCGGGCCACCACGCUGACAGAAAAUCGGAUACGCGGUCCAGCGACGCCCCCCACGAGGCAGCCCAGCGUCCUGGCGCAGGCAACGGCAGCGCCGGGGCCAGGAGAUCCGGCGGCGGCGAGGACACCCGAGACGCCUACGAUCCUAUCCGCGGAUCGAGCGACAAGGCUUCCGCGGCGGCAGCGGCGCCUGCGACGCGUCCUAGUCCGAUGAUGGAACGGAGAGACUACCAUCCGCAGGCCCGGCUGCCCCGGCUCGAGUCGGGCGGCAUGGACCGGUGGUACCACGACCAGAGGCAUGCGCAGCCGCCCCCGGGAAGCGGAUACGGUGCCCCAUACGCCGACCGAGGCAGACCCCCGUCGCGGGAGUCGAGGGGCGGACAGUGGCAACAGGCUGGCUACGCCGACUGA